AGCUGUGCCUGUGACCUUGACAGUUGACUACUCGAGAAUCUAGAACGUCUUUGAUUUAUUUACACCCUAUUAUCUAUACAGUUCCGUUAUCAAUGUGUAUUAAUGUCUCCAACAUUCUGGUUCCAAAUUUAUAUUUUAUAAACGUCAUAAAUACCGCAUACGUCCGUAACUUGGCUACCUAUCCACGUUUGGUCGAGUUGCUUUUAUAUUUUUAAGUUAUGCAUCAAUUAAUUACUACACGUUGAACUAGCAUAACUAGCUGGACGUUAAAUGAUGUUUAUAUUUUCAAUGUCAAAAAGGUGUCACAAACGGUAAUCAUGGGCAAUAUUCUCACUCGAUUCAAAGGGAAGAAAAAUACAAAACAAGUUUUGGAUGCUUUAGAAAGCCAAAUAAUGAAUAUUGAAAGAAUGACAUCAAAAUCUGCUCCAAUCAAUUAUUAUAAAAUUAUAUUUCAUUCCGCUCUUUUGUAUGGUUUAAUUACUAUACUAUAUUAUUUUGGUAUAUUUUCUUACAAAAUAUUAGAAAAUAAUUAUUUGAUGGCUGCACUUGCUGCUUAUCCAAUUUUAGCGCUGUACUAUUAUAAAUUUGAUGUUUGGUAUUAUAAUCGUAAAAUAGAUCGAUAUAAAAAAAAAUUAACUGAACUCCAGAGCGAAAAGAAAAAAAUAUUAGAUGAAGUAAUGGAAAAUGAAACUUUUAAAGUGGCAAAAGAAAUUUUAGAAAAAUACGCUCCUCAUCAACUUCAGACGAUGAAUUUUCAAAACUUUGUGAAUAACCAAAGAGGUUUGCCUAACGCAAAUAAACCUCAAUUUGUUCCUACUGGGAGACCUCAACAACGAGUACCUAGCACAGGUCAACUGCCAGCCAUAAUGGCGUCCACAGUAAAGCCUAAAGUGUCUCUACCUAGACCAGUGCUUCCCAGAGAUCGUACUAUAUUAGACCGUCUUGCUGACAUAGUUUUAGGGGACGGUCCUCAAAAUCGUUACGCUUUAAUCUGUAGAACGUGUGGUUCUCACAACGGGAUGGCACGCAAAGAAGAAUUUGAAUAUUUAGCAUAUCGUUGUGCAUAUUGUUCACAAUGGAAUCCAUCUUUAAAACCGAGGCCCGCAAUGCCUCAAUUAGCAAUCAAUUAUAACGACAGACAAAUAAUGCAUGAUACCCAACCUGUUUCUUCUGAAACUAUUGAAGAUAUCACUGACUUAGUAAAUUUAGAAAGUGAAUCCACAGAAAUGGAUGAUCACAGGAAUUUAUCUAGCAGUGCAAAAGAUGAAAAUUUAGACGAUUUUGGUCCUAAAGUCGAAGAACCAGAGGAUUUGCCACACACAGUCGAUUCUGAAUUUGUCAUUGAUAAAGAAGAAAAUAUAACCCUACUCUAUUAGUAGAAGAAGCUCUAUAAUAUCUAGUUUUCCAUUUACUAAAAAAAUGUGUAUGGACGGUAAGAAGGUAAAAUUAAUAUUUAAGUCAUUAUGAUGCUGUAUUUAUUAAUUAAUUUAAUUAACGUCGAGUGUUAAAUUUGAGUGUUUAAGUUCUCUGUGAUAUUAUUACUCAAAUUUGUAGAAUUGAUUGAAUGGAACUUAUUAAUUUGAAUUUUAACAAUAUAUAAAUCUAUACAGGGUAAUAAACAUAUUAAUAUUUUUAUUCUUAUUAUGCGGUUAUUAAUUUAAUGUAAUCAUUUAACUGUUUUAAAAUAAAUUAUGAUUUUGCGUUAAUAUAUAUUAUUGUGGUAAAUUUAAUAUAUUUAUAUACAGGGUCCGGCAAAAAAACCUCCCUUAUUUAGAAAUGGCACUGUGGGAGUUGUGGUGGUGGUACAACGGUGGAGGGGGUAUCGAUCGAUAGCUGUAUACAUGCCAUUUUAUUUUGACCUAACCUAAACCAGUUUGCUAGGAACCAUGAUGAGGGAGAAGUCUGGUUCCAACAAGACGGUGCCACAGGUUACACUUUGCGGCGUUCACUUUUAACUUUCGAGAAAGGCCAUAGCUCUUCGUGUCAUUUCCGGUGUAAUGGCAGCCACUGCCUGGGUGAUUGCCUUCUUAAGUCCCCAAAGAAAAAAUCCACAAGGGGAUAAAUCGGGUGACAUUGGCGGUCAGGUGAUGUCUCCUCGCAGAGAGAAGACGUUCAGGAAACAACUCUCUCAAGAUUGCUAGGGAGCGCCGCGUUACGUAACGUUACGGAAUACAGUCUACAGGCAAACACGGUACAAGUAACAUCAAACCACAGCCCUGAAGAUGGAAUGUGCAAGUAUUCCAAAACGUUGGUAGGCCAGUCAAUCUGUACAAGUAAGAGUAACGGCAAAAUAUGUAAUUAUACAUAUUUUUCAACUAUAAAUGCUUGGGAAAAGGUUGUUAAGUCAUUUUUAUCAACUAUUUAAAAGGUACUAUAUAGGAUAAGUAAACUUGACUGACCCAUUAUGCUUCGAACAUAUCUCUACUUGUUUCAAACAAUGCGUAUAAAUGUAUCAUUUUUUCUAAGAUUUUCACGAUUCCCCUUUUUGCUUGAAAAUAGAGAAUUGGAUUUUGAUCAUUAACGAACAUUCCCCCCCCCCCUUUCUUAAGUGCCUAAGAUAUUUUAGGAACAGUAUUAUUUAUAUAUGUUUUGAUGAACCAAUAAAAUAUCAAAAACCCUUUUCCCCAGCAGGAAAUUUUUUCAUUAUUUCAUUUUUUUGAAGGUAGUUUUGGGCUCAAAGGUUUAAGAUUAGACUGUAAGUAUCUAUAGUCCACCUUUUUUAGUCUGGUUCCCAGCCGCAAAAACAAUAUAGUAUUUGGCCUUUUUCAGCUUUUCCAAUGUUUUUUUUUUUUUAGUUUCCCAUCUGGUUAUUCUGUGUUAUUGCCUUUACAAUCCUUUAUUGAUUCUAUAUUGAUUUAUUGAUCUUAUAUUUGUACCAUCUUUAGAUUAGCUUUGAAUUGUUUGUUUAUUUUUGAGAACGAUUUUAUUACUCAGUUUUAAGAGUAUUUGACUACACCGACCUCACUAUGCCCUCUACCACGCUGUACUGGCUUUUUUUUUAAACUUUUAUUAAUUAAUACCUUUUUCAUCCAAGAGGAUUUAUACAUCAAUAAUUUAUUAAAAAAAAAGUCAAAUCAAUCUUAACAGAAGUAGGGCUGAAGCCUGUGGCCACGCCGUCAUUUUUAAGGGAGGGGACCAUGCUACUCAAUUAUAUUCCGACCAUAAUAGCUGGGGCUAUUUUGUGUUGUUAUUUUGUCAUUUUCGAGCUGGGAGGCCAAGGCUAAAGCAUGUUCCAUGCUAAUAAAAAGUAUGAAGCACAAACAGUUGAGCUAAUAAUUAUUAUGAUUAAACUAACAAAACUAACUUGGACAUUUUUACAUAUAAGUAUUAUAUUUAACUUAAUAAUGAAAUAACAUUUUUUAUAUCAUAACAAUGUUUCUAAGUGUUAAAUUCAACAAUUAAAUAAUACAUGGGUAAAUAAAAAAUAAAGUUUCAUUAAAAAUAUUAAUCCUGGUAUAAAUGUAACUAGGAUAAUAACAGGCAAUGGACCUGUAGUCAUAAGUCUAAAAACUGUUUUAAGCUAUCAUAAAUCAAUAAUUUGGCCCAAAACCAGGAAUGUUACACUAAUAUUUUGUUAAUUUAGUAAUGGUUUAAAUAUGAAAAUAAUUAAUUUUCAAUAAAAAAAAAAAUGUGUUAAAAAA